AUGGAAAUGUGUCAGAUGAAAGACGACUAUGCAGUUGAAAUCAGGUUUCUCGACUUUAUGAACAUGUUAUUGAUCAAUUUUCUUCUGAUCGCCUUCUGUUUUGUUCUUUGUUCAAUGGGUAGUAGAUUAAAAGGAGAUAGAGGUAUUGGAUCUUCUUUUAACAACAAAGAUUUAUGGAAUGUAGAUAGGUUAUCAGUGCCUUUCUAUUUUAUCAAUUUUCCUGAUGAUAUUGAUUCAAAGAAGUUGUGGGAUAUCUAUGACAAGUAUGGUGUGGUAUCAAAUAUGUACAUGGCUCGGAGAUUGUCAAAAAUUGGUAAUCAUCAUCUGUUUGUUCCCAUUGCUCGGUUUGAGAGGGAUAAUGUUACUACUUCUAAACAUAGGUUGCAUCAUUCAAUAUGUAGAGAUAAGGGUAAUGUGAACGGAGUAGGUUCUGGUUCGUAUGCGAAUGUUUUUAAUUCUAGGAUUGUUCCUGAUCGGUCAAAGACAUUAAAAUCCAUUGUUUUACAUGGAUCAGACAUUAAUAAUCCACUUUCUCUAAGACCUUCGGUGUUUGGCAAAGUCUGUAAUAUUAAUAUUAUCCUAAAACUGGUGGCAUUACUUAGGGAGGAAGGAUUUCAUGACAUCCAAAAUUCAGUAUGUGGGUGGAGAUUAGGUUUAUGUGUCAUUUGA